UAAUGUGUUCCUCCCUCUCAGCAUCCUUGUCACAAUCAAUAUCGCGAGCUUUCCACCGCUCGACAUGGCCUUCAAUGCCGGACACGUCCACGACCCCAUGACAAGAGGUUCAGGAAAACUGAACAACAUUGGGCAGACUGUCGUAAAAUUUCAUCAGAGCCCAAAGUGGUUAGAAUUCUGGUUCAAUAAGGUCCAAAAGGACAAUGGUAUUAUCCCAAAAGUGCCCAAAGUUCGCAAGGGGAAUACCCCUUCUACGUUUGACAAAGGUGAUAUUCCUACGCCAAAGCUGAAUAUCGCGAUCCAUAUCGUUGGCUCAAGAGGCGAUGUACAACCAUUCAUUCCUAUCGCCAAGUUGCUUCAAGCGCCCCCUCAUGGGCAUCGAGUGAGGAUAUGUACUCACCCAGCUUUCAAAGAUUUUGUUGAAGACAAUGGGGUCGAAUUCUUUUCCAUAGGAGGUGAUCCGGAAGCGUUGAUGGCCUAUAUGGUGAAGAACCCGGGCCUUAUUCCCAAUUUGGAGAGCAUCAAAGCCGGAGAUAUAGGCAAGAGACGACAGGGCAUGGCUGAAAUUAUGGAAGGUACAUGGCGAAGUUGUAUCGAGGCUGGUGACGGCAUGGGAGAAAAGACCACAGCUCUCACCGUGGACGAUGUGCAAGAGUUGUUCCUCGCGGAUGCAAUUAUCGCAAACCCCCCAUCUAUGGGUCACAUUCACUGCGCAGAGAAACUCGGUAUCCCUCUCCACAUUGUCUUUACCAUGCCUUGGUCGCCAACCAGAGUCUUCCAUCAUCCCCUGGCUGCUAUGGAGUAUGGAGAUGUCGAAGUGCCAGUAGCGAACUGGUUCAGUUACACUAUGAUGGAAUUGUUGACGUGGCAAGGUCUUGGAGAUCUCAUCAACAAGUUUCGACAACAGACCUUGAAGCUCGACCCAGUUAGUCCGCUGUGGGGUCAUCAGUUGAUCUCGAGGCUUCGUGUACCUCAUUCCUACCUUUGGUCGCAAGCUCUCAUUCCAAAACCAGCCGAUUGGGGACCUCACCUCAGUGUAAAGGGAUUCUCGUUCUUAAAGCUCGGCUCGAAUUACUCGCCUCCCCAAGACCUGGCCGACUUCCUUAGCGCAGGUCCGCCUCCAAUCUACGUUGGCUUUGGAUCUAUUGUCGUCCAAGACCCACAAAAACUCACGAAGAUGAUUUUCGAAGCCGUCAAAUUGGCCGGAGUACGUGCCAUUGUGGCGAAAGGGUGGGGAGGCAUUGGGGCUGGUGAAGUUCCCAAAAGCGUCUUUCUCAUCGGUAACUGUCCGCAUGAUUGGCUUUUCCAAAAGGUCUCGUGUGUUGUUCAUCACGGUGGCGCCGGCACAACCGCAGCAGGAAUUGCACUAGGUGUACCAACAGUUGUUGUCCCGUUCUUUGGAGAUCAACCAUUCUGGGGGCAAAUGGUUGCCAAAGCGGGUGCUGGUCCAAAACCUGUUCCGUUCAAGCAGAUGACGGCGGAGACCUUAGCCGCUAGCAUAACAUUCGCUUUGAAAGAGGAAGUCCGGAUAGCUGUUCAGGAGAUGGCUUCUCGUAUUGGCAAGGAGGAUGGCGCGCUAGGUACUGCUCAAGAUUUCGAAGAGAGGCUCCGAUUGGAUGACAUGAGGUGUGAUAUUUGUCCAGAGCGUCUCGCUACGUGGCAAGACAUUAAGACUGGAGUACACCUCAGUGGCUUUGCAGCGGUUGCUCUUGUUGAGCAGCGUUUGUUGCUUCCAAACCGUCUUCGUCUGUUGCGGCACAGAAAUUGGUAUGUAUACGAGGGUGCUGAGGGUCCAUCAAUUGGAGCUGUGGCUGCCGUUUCUGGUCUGUUUUCCUCGAUUGGAACUAACACAACCGACUUCUCACGGCGCCUGCAGAGGCGGCCAGGACCUGGAACUCCACAGAAAAUGAUCGUCAACAACCACAUACGUACCGACGAAACAGAUGGACAGUAUCACAACGAGGGCCUAAGUACUGAACAGAUGGAGAACGUGGCUUGGAGAAUGGCCACGAAAUCACACGAGAAGGAUUUGACCCGUAAUCUCGAAAAGCCGGCCAGAAACGAGCGUCUGACACACGUGCGUAAUAAGGUAUUAGUGAGAAAAGUGAAGGGUGGACGAGCAUAUCAAGUCACAAGUGCGACAGCGCAUUACGCUGGCGAUUUGACGAAAACCGGAUUGAAAGCUCCGGUUGCGUUUUUCUACAACGUCGCAACUGGCUUCAGAAACUUGCCGUCAUACGCUAUACACAACGAUUCCACCAGGCGGCGUGACGAGAUCACAGGAUUUGGCAGUGGGCUCAACGUAGCUGGAAAGGAAUUUGUACUGAAUGUCGCCGAAGCAAUUGGUGGCGUAGGCAGACACCCGUAUCUCGGUGCACAGGAAGAAGGGGUCACAGGAUUUGGCAAAGGUAUUGGAAGAGGUGUAGGAGGGUUUGUGUGCCAUAUUUUUGCCGCGGUAUUUGGUAUACCUGGGUACACACUGAAAGGAGUUGAAAAGGGUCUUUCCAAACGACAGCUUACCACCCUCCAAGCAGAGUUCUACUUGAUACGGAUCCGCCAGGCGAACCACGAUUUCCAGAAGUCUACGUCAGAAGAGAGAGCAGAGGUUGCGGCACGAUGGAAAGAGAUCGUAGUGACAUAAUGGGAUUGUCUGUUAAUAUCUAAUAACGAGGAGCAUUUGAGCUAGUAAUUGAUA